AAGUUGGGUGGAGGGAGGGGCCGCACAGAAGGCGGAGGAGGAAGAGGAAAGAGCCGGGCGGCGGCCGUAGGUAGUUCGGUGGCGGCAGCGGCGGCUCUCUUCCGGGCGGACGAUGGACAGCCAGGGCAGGAAGGUGGUGGUGUGCGACAACGGCACCGGGUUCGUGAAGUGUGGAUAUGCAGGCUCUAACUUUCCAGAACACAUCUUCCCAGCUUUGGUUGGAAGACCUAUUAUCAGAUCAACCACCAAAGUGGGAAAUAUUGAAAUUAAGGAUCUUAUGGUUGGUGAUGAGGCAAGUGAAUUACGCUCAAUGUUGGAAGUCAACUACCCUAUGGAAAAUGGCAUUGUACGCAAUUGGGAUGAUAUGAAACAUCUAUGGGACUACACAUUUGGACCAGAAAAACUUAACAUAGAUACCAGAAAUUGUAAGAUCUUACUUACAGAACCUCCUAUGAACCCAACCAAAAACAGAGAGAAGAUUGUAGAGGUAAUGUUUGAAACUUACCAGUUUUCUGGAGUGUAUGUAGCCAUCCAGGCAGUCCUGACUUUGUAUGCUCAAGGUUUGCUGACUGGAGUGGUGGUGGACUCUGGAGAUGGUGUGACUCACAUUUGCCCAGUGUAUGAAGGCUUUUCUCUCCCUCACCUUACUAGAAGACUGGAUAUUGCUGGGAGAGAUAUUACCAGGUAUCUAAUAAAGCUGCUUCUGUUGCGAGGGUAUGCCUUCAACCAUUCUGCUGAUUUUGAAACGGUUCGCAUGAUUAAAGAAAAACUGUGUUAUGUGGGAUAUAAUAUUGAGCAAGAGCAGAAAUUGGCUUUAGAAACCACAGUAUUAGUUGAAUCUUACACACUCCCAGAUGGUCGCAUUAUCAAAGUUGGAGGAGAGAGAUUUGAAGCACCAGAAGCUUUAUUUCAGCCUCACUUGAUCAAUGUGGAGGGCGUAGGUGUCGCUGAAUUGCUUUUUAACACAAUUCAGGCAGCUGACAUUGAUACCAGAUCUGAAUUCUAUAAGCACAUUGUACUUUCUGGAGGGUCUACUAUGUAUCCUGGGCUGCCAUCAAGGUUGGAACGAGAACUUAAACAGCUUUACCUAGAACGAGUUUUAAAGGGAGAUGUGGAGAAACUUUCUAAAUUUAAGAUCCGUAUUGAAGACCCACCCCGUAGAAAGCACAUGGUCUUCCUGGGCGGUGCAGUGCUAGCAGAUAUCAUGAAGGACAAAGACAACUUUUGGAUGACCCGACAAGAAUACCAAGAAAAGGGUGUCCGUGUGCUGGAGAAACUUGGUGUGACUGUUCGAUAAACUUCAGAGCUUGUUCCCAUCACACCCCUAGCGCUUUCUCUUUUUUCCUUUAUUACCAAUCUUUGAACUCAUUCAACUCCAUGACAUGGAGGGGGUCUUUCUGUGCCCUUUGACUGGAAAGGUCAGGUAUUUCUUUCUCUCUUUCUCUCUCUCUCUUUUAUUUUUCUCUGAUGUCUUGGGGAAGCUUUGUUAAAUUUUUGUUAAUGUGGGUAAAUCUGACUUAAAUUCAGCCACUUCCCUACAAACACAAAUGAAAGGGCAAAGGGUCCUGUCUGCUGCUUUGUUUCUUCUUAAGUAGGCAUUUAGGUCUCUCCUGUAGGUUUCAUAUUUUCACUUUACUGCUCUAAUGCUGCUAGUUUAGUAUUUAGCACACUAGGUGGUAUGCCUUUGUUAGCCUAAGAAAAGAAAAACUUUAACAGCAGCUUUUAUAUAUUACUGGGGAUGGGGGUGGUAAGGGUGGGCAGCUGAACCCUUUAGCAUUUUUCAACAGUUAACUGCUACAGCUUUUUCUGUACCUUAAAAUGUCUCAUAUUAACAUUAUAGAGAAAUGUUAGGCUCUGAACUAAAGUGUCUUGGUGGGAUUUUGCAUGAAGGGGAAGAGUGUCUUUUUUUUUUAUUAUUUUUAUUUUUGAACUUUUUUGCUCUGGGGUACAUAAGAUGAACUUAUUUACAUUACUUUGAUUUGGGAAAUUUUAUUCUACUUAGGUUGUGCCUGGAGCUUUUUCCAUAUAGUACAAAAAGCAAGUAUAAUGUUCCAUCGCCAUGUGACUUAGGGAUUCGUUUUUUAAAAUCAACUAUGUUAGCUGGUACAGGACUCCCUAGAAUCUAUCAGUGGAAAAUGACAUUUUUUAAAUGCUUUUGCCUUUCAAACUACAGAUCUAAGAAGUGCUUUACGGACUGAUAUUUUCUAAGUGCUUCUGUUACUUCAGAAGCAGUAAGGUAACCCAGUGCCAAGUACCAUCCAUGAAAAUUAUUACUUUAUAUAACUAGCCAGUGCUUAUUUAAUAAAGAAGUAGAUAUAAUUGCUGGCAGUAUGUUCUAAUUGUUGGUUUAAAAGCAACAUUGAAAUAUGGGACUUGUUGCCAGUUGAGUAAUUUUCAUUAGUUUUUUGUUUGUUAUGAUUUGAAACCUGAAAGUAGAGUAAAAUUUGACUAUUUAAAAUAAUGCAAAAAAAAUCAAGAUUUAAAUUGAAAAAGUAAUAACGAAAUCUUAACACUUGAAAGAAGAGUUGUUGGUAUUUUGUGAAUGCCUAUGUCAGAAAAGAUCAAUACCAUAAUAAAGGUAUUGCUUGGUACCUGAGAAAAUAGCAAAUAGUACUCAUCCUUGAGUUCUAUCUAAAUUUGAAAAAUAAAGUAACAUGAAAUUGCAUCACACCAAGUACAAAAUGCAGAUUCUUGGAAAAAUUACUUUUCUUCAUUUCAAAACAUUUUUUACUGAUCAUUUUAAAAGAAGUCUGUUUUGGAGGGGGAAUCUAAAAGUAGAGAAAUUAAUUAUUGACAGUGUUUUGUGAGAAAACCUUAAAAAAAUCAAUUUAUGUGAAAUAAAUAGCAAGAGGUUAGUUUUAAUUAUGCAGCUUCUGUUAAUAUUAAGUAUUUUUGUCUGUUUUACCUCGAUUUGAACAAAGUUUGCCUGCAUGCUGGACAUGCUUCAGUACACAACGAAUAGCCUAUGAAUAAUGUCUCCUAGGUUUUAGGCAUGUGGAUGUCAGAGUCACACUGGAAUUCUGAAGUGCUCUAAAUCAUGUUCUUAUAAAUUCCUCCAUCUUGUGAGUGCUGGCUUGUUAAAGGAAACAAAUAAAGGACCAGUACAUAAUUAUCUGUUCAUUUCAGGUAAAUGAGGUAAAUGGACUGACUCCUGAUCUUUGGUCAUGAUUCUAAGAUACAGAAAUAGAAAACAAAGGAUAAGGUAGACUCUAAUAAAACAAUGAGAGAACAUUUGUCAUUUGUUUCUUGAGUAUAGAAUUUGGUUUUAAUUUUAUAAUUCUGCUAGCAAACAUGACAGUUAAACUGGUGUAUUAAUAUAUGUAUAUAGUAUAAUUUUAAAAUUCCAUUUUGUAAUAUUCCUAUUCCAAGGUGAAAUAAUGCAUUUCAUGAUUUCAGGGAGUAGGAGAAGUAUUGUUUAAUUGGAGUUGUCAACUAUCAGUCCCUCAGAAAUUAAUUUUUUUUUCUGUUUAAAAGAGAUCUGAUUUUUAGCUUUUGAAAACCAGUGUCACUUAAAUUCCUAAUAAUGACUAAGUUUCUUUUCAAAUUAGAAUUGCCAUGCAGUGACUUUUGAGAAGGGUUUCUUAGAAAUACGUCGUACAUUUAAACUUUAUUCUUUAAGAUGUGGUAUUGGAUGCUAAACUUUUAUGCAGUUCUGAGCACUGUUAAUAUCUGGAAAGUAUUUUGAGAGAUCAAUGGAAAAGUAAACAUUCUAAAUUUAACAAGAAUAUACUUCUUUUUGAUUCAGAAAAUAAAAUCAGAUUUUUCAAAGUAAA